AUGGCAUUUCGCUUGACUUCUGCUGCCCCGGCCAUCAGGUCCCUUCUGACCCGCCCCUCUACAGCCACUUCGCGCCAAUUUAUGCGCAGGAUGUCAAAAUACACUGAUGAAAACCCACACAUCAUAAAGGGUACUAAUUCUGAUCUUCCAUGGAUCAUCGGUGCCGUUGUAGUCACUAUUCCCACCGGUUUCUACCUACUCUCAGGAAAUUCUAAGCCUGAUCAUCACGCUACCCAUGCCUCUACUGGUCAUAGUCUUAUCUCUAAGCCUCAUGGUAUGCAGGAUGAGGGUCCUCGAGAUAUCUCCGAGAAGGCCUCGCAAGCAGCCGAGAAAGCCAGCGAAAAGGCUAGCGAGGUCUACAGCGAUGUGAAGAGCAAGGUCACAUCUUCAGACUCUAGCCCUAGCGACACUGCUUCUGAAGUGGAAGAGAAGGGUAGUGAGAAGGCCCAGAAUUUGAAGGAGAAGGCUAGUGAGAAGGCCGAAGACUUGAAGGGAAAGACCAGUGAAAAAGUUGAGGAUUUGAAGGAGUUGAAGGAAAAGGGAAGUGAAAAGGUUAAUGACUUGAAAGAGAAGGGCAGUGAGAAAGCUGCCGAGUUGAAGAAGAAGGCGGAAAAUGAGAGUAACCAAGGAAAGCCACCUUCAGAAACCGAUAAGCCGGCUGCGGCAAUUAAGCCCCCAAAGAGUAUGAACGAACAAAGUGGGAAACAGGAGGGGAUUUCAAAUAGCGAAACUAACCACGCUGUACUUCACGAUGAAAGAGGCCAAGCAAUAAGCAAGAAAAGCGAGGGAACUCAUGAUACGGCGAAGUUGAAAGGGACAGUAGAUCCAAACAGAGAGGCCAGAUGA